AUGAAGGGGAGCGGCCCGUGCAGCCGUGCCUACCCAGCCCCAGAGCAAAGCGGAGGGCAGCGUUUCUGGGUGCUGCUGGAGGCGGCUGUAAAAUCCUGCUGCUUCGAGCAGGGUGGCCAGUUUACAAGCAGUUUACAGCAGUUUACAGCAGUCAGUAGCAAAGAAAAUGCUGUGAUACCCCACAGUAUUUUCAUUAACAGCCUGGGGGAUGGGUUGGAAUGCCCUCUCAAGUUUGCAGAUCACCACAGACAGAAGGAACAGUUCACUGGAAUUCCAGUUGGAGAAGUGGCCUGGCAGAAGCCUAAGUUCAACAAAGUUCAGCACUUGGGACAGAAGGCUAAGAAGCAGCUUGGUGAAAAAGGACCUGAGUUCCUGCUCACAAGCAAGUUCAAUAGAAGUGGGCAGUGUGUUCUUAUGCUGGUGAAGAUUAACCACAUUAGGAAAAGUGCAGACUGUGGAUCAAAGAAAGUUUUUAAUGCGAAAACAUCAGAGCUCUUGAGCCACCAUCAAGUUGAGAUAAUGCAGAAAUUCCCUAAAGAAGGGUGGGUAGAACAAGAUCCAAAGGAAAUACUAAGUUCUGUCCAUGAAUGCGUGGAAAAGACCUGUGAGAAACUGCAACAACUGAACAUAGACAUCACUAAUAUAAAAGCCAUUGGAGUCAGCAAUCAGAGAGAAACAACAGUGGUUUGGGACAAGACAACUGGAGAACCUCUUUAUAAUGCAAUCGUGUGGCUUGACCUGAGAACCCAGGCAACAGUUGACCGUCUUCUUAAAAAAAUUCCAGGAAGAAACAAAUCCUUUUUUAAGUUUAGGACUGGUCUUCCACUUAGCACUUAUUUUAGUGCAGUGAAACUUCGAUGGCUUUUGGAUAAUGUGGAAGAAAUUAAGCAAGCAGUUGGUGAUGGAAGAGCUAUGUUUGGGACUAUUGACUCAUGGCUUAUAUGGAGUUUGACAGGUGGAAAGAAUGGAGGUGUUCACUGUACAGAUGUAACCAAUGCCAGCAGAACAAUGCUGUUCAACAUUCAUUCCUUGGAAUGGGAUCCUGAGCUCUGCCAGUUCUUUGAUAUUCCUAUGGAAAUACUCCCAAAAGUACGAAGCUCCUCUGAGAUUUAUGGCCUGAUGAAAAUCUGUCCUAGCCUGAAAUCUGGAGCUUUGACAGGGGUACCGAUUUCUGGGUGCUUGGGUGACCAAUCUGCUGCUCUUGUUGGGCAAAUGUGUUUUCAAGAUGGGCAGGCAAAAAAUACGUAUGGAACAGGAUGUUUCUUGUUGUGCAAUACAGGUCAAAAGUCUGUGUUUUCUGAGCAUGGUCUUCUAACCACAAUAGCUUACAAACUGGGCAGAGACAAACCUGUUUGUUAUGCACUAGAGGGAUCUGUUGCAAUAGCUGGUGCUGUUGUUCGUUGGCUGAGGGACAAUCUAGGUAUCCUUAAGACUUCACAGGAAGUUGAAAAACUGGCCGCAGAAGUGGGGACUUCUUAUGGCUGCUACUUUGUGCCAGCAUUUUCAGGACUGUAUGCACCAUACUGGGAACCCAGUGCAAGGGGUAUUAUCUGUGGCCUUACUCAGUUUACAAAUAAAAACCACAUUGCCUUCGCUGCACUAGAGGCGGUUUGCUUUCAAACACGAGAGCUUUUAGAUGCCAUAAACAAGGACUGUGGGGUACCACUAAGUCAGUUACAGGUAGAUGGAGGAAUGACCAAUAACAAAGUCCUCAUGCAACUCCAAUCAGACAUUCUCUGUAUUCCAGUAGUAAAGCCAUCAAUGCCUGAAACAACAGCUUUAGGAGCUGCUAUGGCAGCAGGAGCUGCAGAAGGAGUUGGAAUUUGGAGUCUGAAUCCUGGAGAUUUGACAGCAGUGACAUGUGAACGAUUUGAACCACAGAUCAACCCAGAGGAAAGCGAGUUUCGCUUUGCCAGAUGGAAGAAAGCUGUGAUGAAAUCUAUGGACUGGGCGACAUCUGACAUUUCUUCAAAUGGUGACACUAGUAUCUUCUGUAGUCUGCCUUUGGGUCUUUAUAUUAUGAGUAGCAUGAUAAUAUUAAUCGGAGCAAAGUACAUCUCAGGAUCAGAGCACUGCCUCCAAAAAGCCUUUUUUGUGCUGGCUGGCUGGUGCAGCUGGGGACGUGGGCUGCGGCUGCCCACUGUCUGCAGCAGCUCCUGCCGACGCGGCGGCUGCUUUCGGCUUCCUACCUCGAGCUGUGGAGGGACGAGCUGCACAGGACCCCCUCUGACCCGUGCUUCAGACAAGGGGCUACGGCUGCAGCUGCUGCCCACAGCCCUGCUCCUGCCCUUUGGAAGAACACAUGGCUCUACAUGGAGGGUGAUGCUGGUGCUGGGUUUGGGUGCCCUUCACCAGCUGAAUGACAAGAGCAGUGAGAGGAAAAUGGAAGGGACAGCUGAUGAGGACCCACACACGCAGUUAGAACUGAGCUCCAAGAUAUUCCCUUCUGGCCAGGCAUGGAAGAAAGGCAAGAGUCAGCUAUUCAGCAUUACAUGGGCGCUAUCAGAUGUCCAGAUGUCUUUAUUGAUAAUACGCUGCACUUGGGCCAGCACGGUUUCAAAAUGGGUAGUUCAGGUUGGUUGCUCCAAAAUCAGACACAGAGAAGCAGCAGCUCUGAGAGAUGGCAAAGAUCAUGAUGAGGAACCCGUGUCCAAGAUGAUGCUGGGAUUUCUGAAUCCUGAUGGAUCAGCAUGA